AUGCUGGUGGUGUGGAAUGGCAGGGAAGGCCCAGGUUGUUAUGAAAGGAGGGCCAGCGAAGUGGAUUCCGCUACAGUCUUGGCCGUGUCUUCUGCCUCUCUGACACGCAACAUCAAAGACCCUGGGGCCAUAGAGAGCCAGAGCCGUGCUCUUAUGGUUUCUAGUCACAGGAACCCGGGGACAAAACUCACUGCUCCUGGACCUGCCAGCUCCCUUGUGAUGGAGGGUCCGAGGAAACGCAAGGGAAGUGACUCAGACCCGGCCAGUGAGUCAGAAUCCAUGACAGGAACCAUGGUGGAAAACCUUCCCCCAAGUCCCUUGCGUCUUCUUUCAACAGGAAUAGAAGUAGCAGCCUCCAGAAGCAGCAGCAAGGAAGCACACAGCCAGAUGGAAAAGCGGCGGAGAGACAAGAUGAACCAUCUGAUUCGGGAGCUGUCCUCUAUGAUCCCUCCACUCAGCCCCACGGCCCGGAAACUGGACAAGCUCAGUGUCCUGAGGAGGGCGGUGCAGCACUUGCGGUCUCUGAGAGGCAUGACAGAGUCUUUCUUAGGAGAUAAUUCUAGACCUUCGUUUAUUCAGGAUAAGGAGCUCAGUCACUUGAUCCUCAAGACAGCAGAGGCUUCCCUGUUCGUGGUUGGAUGUGAAAGAGGGAGAAUUCUCUUCGUAUCUAAGUCCAUCUCCAAAACGCUGCAGUAUGAUCAGGGCAGUUUGAUGGGGCAGAAUCUGUUUGACUUUUUACACCCAAAAGAUGUCCCCAAAGUAAAGGAACAACUUUCUUAUGAUGUCUCCCCAAGAGAGAAACCCGUGGACACCAGAACAUCUCUGCAGGUUUACAGUCCUGGCCACACUCGGCGACCACACAUGCAUUCUGGCUCCAGACGAUCUUUCUUCUUUAGAAUGAAGAGCUGUAAAAUCCCCGUCAAGGAAGAGCUUCGAUGUUCACCCUGCUCAAAGAAGAAAGACCACAGAAAAUUCUACACCGUCCAUUGCACUGGAUACUUGAGAAGCUGGCCCCCGAGUGUUGUUGGCGUGGAGAAGGAGAGGGACAGUGAGAAAGACAGUGGUCCUCACUGCCUGGUAGCCAUGGGCCGGUUGCAUUCAUACACCGUCCCUCCGAAGAGCGGCAAGACUCAAGUGAGGCCAACUGAGUUCGUGAACGCUUUUGCCAUGAAUGGGAACUUCGUCUAUGUGGAUCAGAGGUGCAACAGCGAUUUAGGAUACCUGCCUCAGGAACUCUUGGGGACUUCUUGUUAUGAAUAUUUUCAUCAAGAUGACCAUAGUAGUUUGACUGACAAGCACAAAGCAGUUCUGCAGAGUAAAGAGAAAUACUACAGACUCGUACAAAUUCAGAGUAAGGACGGCUCCUUUGUAACCCUCAAGAGCCAGUGGUUCAGCUUCACCAACCCUUGGACCAAAGAGCUGGAGUACAUUGUGUCAGUCAACACACUGGUUUUGGGGCACAGUGAGACUGGGGCACCCCCCUUCCUCCACCGCAGCAGCCAGUCCUCAGAAGACUCAUUUAGACAGUCCUGCGUCCGUGUGCCUGGAACACCCACGGGGACGGUCCUUGGUGCUGGGAGUAUCGGGACAGACAUUGCAAAUGAGGUUCUGAGUUUACAGAGGUUCUACUCCUCAUCCCCAGAAGAUCCAGAUCCUUCAGAGAGAGCUAGAGAUCGCCACGGUGUGAGCUGCAGGAACACCAGUGUGCCUGUGAGUGGUGUAAGUGUGUCCACACCAAGUCCUGAAACAGGGGGCCUGGAGGCUGCCGGGCAACACGAGAGCCCUGAAGCUGCCCACGGUCACAGGCCACUCCUCAGUGGUGGUGCCCAGCUGGGUGUGGAUGCCCUGGGUGACAACGAUGACACAGCCAUCGCUGCAUUCAUGAAUUACCUGGAAGCAGAGGCGGGUUUGGGUGACCCUGGGGACUUUGGUGACAUCCCAUGGACCCUCUAG